AUGAUGGAUCUAGCAACGCCAACAACCAAGGCACUGACGGACGUGAACCGUGCAUGCCGAAUACAGGAAAGAUUACGCGAGUUAAAGAGGGAACGGGAAAGACUCGUUGACGAUCUAAUUGCGCUAUUAGCAAGUCUUCCAGCCGAAAUUCCGUCCGAAUCGCCACCAGCCAACAUUCCGGACGAAUCGCCACAAGCCGAAAUUCCUUCCGAAUUGUCAUCAGUGGAAACACCGUCCGAACUGCCAGCAGUCGCAUCUCCGUCAACGUCGAAAAAAAGAAAAAUAACCGAAAUUCCGGACGAAUCGCAACCAGCCAACAUUCCGGACGAAUCGCCACCAGCCAACAUUCCGCACGAAUCGCCACCAGCCAACAUUCCGCACGAAUCGCCACUAGCCAACAUUCCGGACGAAUCGCCACCAGCAGAAAUUCCUUUCCGAAGAAAAAUAAGUAACUCAGAGGACGAUUUGUCCUCCUCUUCUUCUCCUUCCUCCUCCUCCUCCACUUCCUCUGAUGACGGCGACGGGGACGGGGACACAGAUGACGACGACGACGACAACAAUGUUGGUGAUGGGUCAUCUCGGUCCGAGGCGAGCGAGAGUGGAGUGGAAGAUGCAGCCGACGACAAAUAUGAAGAUGCGGUGGACGAUAAAAACGGGACUGUUUUGCAGGAGAAGAACAACUCACAGCCGAUGCUGCCACUCGGUGGUGAAUCUGCCGGAAAGGUUCAGCGGCCGAAAACGGCCGACGACGACGGCAACGGCAUAGGUGAACGUGGCGAUGCAGACGACGGCAAAGAUGAAGAUGCGGUGGACGAUAACAACGGGAUUGUUUUGCAGGAGGAGGUAAAUUUCUAG